GUCUGACGCUGUUCAGUGUUCCCACAGAUGCUGUGCAUGAAUGUCUCUGUGGUAAGAAUUAAUAUUGUGUCGUUAUUGUGUUAUAUCUAUAUGUGUGUGCAGUGCAUGUUUGCAUUUGCGCCAUUUAUUGUCAAAGUGCAGGCUCGUUUUUAACAUUUUGAUCAUUAUUUGUCUUAUGAACUAGCAAACGUGAACAUAUUACAGACUGACGUUAGCUAGCUUUAGCUGGUCUUUCCAUUAGUCUAAUUCAGUAUCUGGUGUUCCGUAUUUUGGUUUGGACCGAGCCUCAUACUCCUGCUUAUUUUUACAGGGAAAACUGUUACUGUCAGAGACUGCUCUGAUUGAAUCAGCUGUUUCAUCUGUUGUUUAGAGAGCUGUUCAGUGAUACCACUGCUAUUAUGAGGUAGUGAUGAAAGUAAAAAUUACCUCACUCUUAUUGACGAUUUGUGAUUUUUGUUGUUGUUGCAGAUUUGAUAUUUUAAGCUAUUAACUUUUGUUUAAAUAAUAUUAACACCAUCAAUUAAAACAUCAUAAAAGCUUUUUACAAGCUGCAGAAGUAAACUGAUUGGAUGAUAUCAACAAUAGCUAAAAUCCUUCGAUAUGAAUUAAUCUCUGUUUUAGUCAAAUUUUAAAUUAGGCUGCACUGAUACAGCAGGUUUGAAUGAAAGCCUUUAUUGAAAACAAUUCAUGCUAAAAUAGCUCUAAGCUCCUUGAAAGAGGUACUACAUCUUGUUUCAGGGGAUUUGUCAGGAUAAUGUAAUUUGCUUAAACCACUUUAACUUACGACAAUCAGUUAAAUCUUUAUUUUUUAUGUGUAAUAGAAGGCUAUUUGCAAAGCUAGCCAUGGCUCAAGUUUGCAUUGACCAUCUACAAAAAGCAAUACUGAUAAAAAUCACCCUGGACAGGUGCAAAGCCGAAUCGACUUCAUGCAUUUAUACUGUCACACUGCAGGAGUCAGUUUGAGAAAAUAAAAUAUGCUUUGCAAAAUCUGACUAAUAAUAAAUUGUACAGUUGAAAAAGAUGCAUUUUCAUUUUACAGGAAUGUUGCGGUACCAAAAAUAUCAUGUGGAACACAACUGCUACACAAAUGAAAAACAUUAAUAUUCCUCAGCCAGUAGCUUAAAGAAUAACGAGUUAUAAAAAUACAAGUGCUUCUUUUUAAAUGAAAAAUGUUACUAGUAAACUGGCUGCAUCUGAAUUUUUCAUGAAAGUGCAACAAUAGAACUGCUCACAACUGUGCAGCUGAUUUUGUGAAUUUGUCAUGAUAGAAAACUGGACAUGAACUGUGUCCAAGAUUACUGUCCAUUUGCAGGUGCAACAUCCAGGUUCUUUUGUUGGAAAAGAAGCUGGUCUACAUGUGCAGGAGUGAGACUGCUUCGCUGUGCUGUCACUAUAUCUCCAGCAGUGGAGAAAACUCUCUCAGCUGCAACGCUAGUGCCAGGGCAACACAAAUAGCGUUUAGCCUGUCUAGCAAGAGAGGAAAAGCUGUCUCAUGGGUCCUCCACCAGCUGAGGGGGUUCUCUGACAGAGGCAGUGGAGGGGCUUCAAGACACUUCUUCAGCUCCUCUUCAGCUCUGGUGCUGGAGGAUCUAUGGACAACACUGACCUCAGUGAAUGUCUUGCCCAAUAGUGUAACCAGUGCAGAGGGCGUUCUUUUUGGAGCAGGGCCUUCUUCUGGGUCUGGCUGUGGUGUCUAAGACUCUUCCUCAGCCUCCUCUGAGUUCACAUGACUCUACAGAAAAAAUCAACAAUCAUAUCAGUCAUGAUGCACAAUAUAAUUACACCAGUCCCUCAUUUUAUGGCAUCAUGCAGAUAAACCUCUCGUUAUCCACCACACUGUAAGGCACUGUAGGUCUUUAGCAAUGAAGCAGGCGAUAGACCGGGUUAUUUUUUUUUGCCCGCUUGGAGCUGGCGGAAAGCUUCGUGAAGCUCUGCAGUGUGUGUUGGUCUGCAGCUGGUGGCUGAGUCUGCUCCUGCUCCGUGUCUCUCAUCUCUGGGUGAUGCCUUGUAAUGUGCGGCCGCGCAUUUGUCGUGUUGCUGAAAUGCUUUAUUCUAGGCUUACAAUGUCGGUAAACUGCACACGUCAUGUCCAGCUCAGUGUGUCCAGGCAUUUGGUAAAAUUCGAAAAGACACCAAACUUUGGCUUUUAGUGAUGAUGGAGCCUGCUGGAUCUCCUUUUCCUCCAUCUUUGAAUUUACCUCUUCGUUUCGGUGCCUUCUGUGCAUGCGUGCGUUCCAGAACCAGCUGCUUGAUGACGGCAGGACGUCCAGCGUAGUUCCAAAAUGGAGGCGGACAAGCAGCAGAUAUUUAAUCUUUUAAAAUCGAUUUUGGUAAAUUUUAAAUAGAUUCUGAAUCGUAGUAAAUUAGAAUCAUGAUUUUUGUGUGAAUGGAUUUUUUGGCACACCCCUAUUGAGUAUGUUGGUAGUUUUACAUCUAAUUCAAUGUAUGUCAUCAGAAAAACUGCACUUAUACUUGACUAAAAUAUUUUAGUACUCUUUCUAUCCCAGGAUAUACUAAUAGAUAGAUACUUGUUGAUCCCCAGGGAAAUUCAGAAAUCCAAUAGUUUACAAGGCACUUGACAUCUGACACUUCAAAACAACUCCUGCCAUCCUAUAUUUACAAGUUUGAAUUUGUGCAAGUAGCAAGAACUUAACCUAAGCAUGCAAGAUAAUAUUAAAUGUGUGUAAAGUGAAAUGAAAAAUGUUAAGAUUGAGUGUGAAAAUUAAUUAAAAAGCUGAAUAAAAAUUAAUAUCCAAUGUUGGCAAAAAAACAAAACAAAACAAAAAAAAUUGAAUAAGCAUAGUGAAGGUCCGACCAGGUGGUGAUCAGUUGACAGCUUCGCCCCUGUCUUCACCUGAUUGUCCAAGACAUGUGGCCGCAAGUCUGAUGACACAACCACAAAGUCGAUCAUUAAACUGCGGCCCCAGGGUGUCCUGGUGCCAAGUGCACAUGUGGACACCCUUAUGUCUGAACAUGGUGUUCAUUCUGGACAGUCUGUGGCGAGCACAGAAAUCCAGUAACAAAGCACCACUCGGGUUCAGAUUAGAGGGGCCGUUCCUCCCAAACAUGCCCCUCCAGGUCUCACUGUUGCUGCCAACAUGGGUGUUGAAGUCCCCCUGCAGAACAAGGGACCCCCCCCCGAAGGAGCAUACUCUAGCACCCCUUCCAAGGACUCCAAGAAGGGUGAAUACUUAGAGCAUAGGCACAAACUACAGUCAGGAUCUGUUUUCCCUACCUGAAGGUUAAGGGAGGCUACCCUCUUGUCCACUCGGGUAAACCCCAACAUACAGGCACUGAACAGGGAGCAAUAAGUUUUGCCACCCCUGCCCAGCACCUCUCACCAGUGGCAACUCCAGAGUAAAAGAGAGUGCAGUCCCUGUGUCGAGGUGAGUCGGACUAUAUCUGGAUAGAACUUCUCCACCUCACACACCAGCUCAGGCUCUCUCCUUCUGCCAGAGAGGUGACAUUCCACAUCCCUAGAACUAGCCUCUGCAGCCAAGGAUCAGACUGCCAAGGUCUCCAGCUUCGGCUGCUGCCCAUUUAACAUUGUACCCGACCCCUUUGGCUCCUCUCAUGGGUGUUGAGCCCAUGGGAAGGGGGCCCACAUUGUCUCUUCAGGCUGUGCCCGGCCAGGCCCCAUGGAUGCAGGCCCGACCACCAUGUGCUUGCAAUCGAGUCCCAUCCCCAGGCCUGGCUCCAGGGGAGGGGGCCCCGGUGACCCACGUCCAGGCAAGGGAAACUGGGUGCCAUAUAUUUUGUCCAUUAUAAGGGGUCAGUAUGAGCUAUGCUUUGUCUGGUCCCUCCCCCAGGACCUGUUUGCCUUGGGUGACCCUACCAGAGGCAUCAUAGCUCUGGCAUACCAGCUCCUGGGAUCACUGGGACACACAAACCCCUCCACCACAGUAAUGUGGUAGCUCGAGGAGGGGAGGAUGCUGGCCAGAUCUGGCAGACCCAAAUGCAAUGUGAGGGUCUGCUGGGAAUGUCUGGCAGAGUCUUCCAUCAGAGGGAGCUUCAACUCCCACCUCUGGGAUAGGGCUGCACGAUAUAUCAUUUGAGCAUCGUCAUCGCGAUGUACGUGCGCGUGAUAGUCACAUUGCAGAGCCUGCAAUGUAAGAGGCGAAUGAACUCAUCUAAUUUCAAGGGUAGCUGACUGACAUACACUGCAUGUGCCUCUGCAUGUGCUGUGCAGCGAUCCCCCAAUAACAUUCCCUCUUUACUCAGCUGCCAAUCAGACUACCCUGCCAGCUGUCAGUCAGAAUCAGAGAGGAGGAAACCAUGCCCCUGCACAUGGCCUGUACAUGAAGUGAGUCGCUGGCGCUGCUGUGUUGUGCUGAGAAACAUGUGCCCAGCGAGAAUUACUCUCGGAAUAUUACUCAUCACUGUUUAGCCCCACAAAUAAUAACUGUAUGGGUUUUAAACUGUACAUUUUCAUGGACCAUUCUACUAUAAGCGGUGCACGUUUUGCGAGGUGCAUGCAAUUCUUGGCGGGCACGUGUUUCUUGGCACAACUCCAGUAACAACAACAAUGAUUGCAAAAUGAGCAACGAACAAGAGAAAACCUCAGAAAAUGAAGAUUUGUUGCCAAAAAGAAAAGCACUGUCAGUUAUCUGGAAUUAUUUUGGUUUCAAUAAGGAUGAUGUUGACCAAAACCCGUGCUCUGUGGCUGCAGUGCUGGUUACCAACAUUCACAAAAAGAGGUAAGAUCAGUGCAGAUUAACUGUCCACAAGAUUUCAGCAGUGCAGCAUAGCAAAAAGUGCUAUUCAGGUCAUCUGGUGAAAAUUCCUGUUUGUUAAUAUCACAAUAUUGCACGGUUGAAAAAAUUGCAGUGUUAGUUUUUUCCAAUAUCAUGCAGCCUUGCUUGGGGAGAGCUUCGACCAUGUCCUGGGGGAGGCGGGGAACAUUGAUUCUGAGUGGGCUAUGUUCCACGCCUUAAGGUGGUCAGUAAUACCUAAACCUGUUGGUGGACACCAGUGGUGAGGGAUGCCAUCAAGCUGGAGAACAUGUGUUUUGUGGACUUGGAGAAGGCAUUUGACUGUGUCCCUCGGGGGAGUCCUGUGGGGGGUGCUCCGGGAGUAUGGGGUACCAGACACCCUCACAUGGGCUGUUUGUUCCCUAUACAACCGGUGCCAGAGCUUCGUAUUGCCGGUAGUGAGUUGGACUCGUUUCCAGUGAGGGUUGGACUCCGCCAGGGCUGCACUUUGUCACCGAUUAUGUUCAUAACUUUUAUGGACAGAAUUUCUAGGUGCAGCCAGGGUGGCCUCAGGAUUGGGUCACUGCUUUUUGCAGAUGACAUGGUCCUGUUGGCUUCAUCAGGCUGUGACCUUCAGCUCUGAAUUGGUUUGCAGCUGAGUGUGAAGCCGCAGAAUCAGCGUCUCUGAAACUGAGUCCAUGGUUCUCAGCUGGAAAAAAGGUGUAGUGCCCUCUCUGGGUCGGAGAUGAGAUCCUGCCCCAAGUGGAAGAGUUCAAGUAUCUUGGGGUCUUGUUCAUGAGUGAGGGAAGAAUGGAACGGGAGAUCGACAGGCAGAUCAGUGCUGUGUCAGCAGUGAUGUGGACGCUGCACAGAUCCAUCAUAGUAAAGAGGGAGCUAAGCAAAAUGGUAGGAGACCAGAGGGAAGACCCUGGACCCGCUUGAGAGACUACGUCUCUCAGCUGGCCUGGGAACACCUCGGGGUCCCUGGGAAGAGCUGGAUGUCUGGGCUUCUCUGCUCAGGCUGCUGCCUCCGCGAUCUCACCUCAGAUAAGCGGUUGAAGAUGGAUAGAUGGAUGGAUAUGAAGGUCUUAAUGAUUGAAUCGCAGUACAAGAGAGACCUGAUGAAUGCACAGCAAAUGCUGUAUAAAGGUGGAGCAAAAGCCAUCCCUGCACAUUAAACGGAAAAACGGUAAAGUGCAAAAAGCAUAAGGUGUAACCACAGACUGUAUAAAGAGUGGACGUCAUCUGGCCCUCGCUGGGUGAAGCCUCUGCAAGAACAGCAUCCCCCAGGUGACUGGUUGCAGACAGAAUAGGACAUAAAUCUUACCUCCUUCAGCAAAAUGAAUGAAGUUGUGGACAAACUUUAGAAAUUUAUUACACGGAAUAUACAUUUUUCUCCCUCCUGGUUGUGAUAUUGACAUGUAGUUACUGUAAGACUGGUUUGUGCUCAAGUCCACUUUUUUUCUGUGCAGCUCCAUUUUUAAAAGUUAUUAGGGGGUUCAUGUUUGUUAUGAUUGACACUUGAUACAGCCUAUUAGCAUGCAAAGAUCUUGUAGCUCAUCUGGGUUGUUUGAACAGAGCAUCGUUACAGCAUCUCUCCUGCCAAACAGCGCUACUGUGUGAAUGCCGGUUUCAGGAAAUUGAGAAAAUCCUGAAAACACUGUGAGCAAUUUGACUUCAAAUUCCCGUGAUGACAGGAGGUGGAGCCACAUUGGGUGUAACUGCAUAUAAAGAACCAAAAUGAAUGAAUAACAGAGUUGUGUGUGAUAAAAAUGCAGUAGUUCAGAGUGUUGUCGGUCUGUUGAUGUCAGACUGCAUGAUGUCAAGAGUUCUCCCAGAAUGACCAACCUUUGAUUCUUUUGUUUUCUUUCAGAAGAGUCUACGAUUUCUUCAGAGAUGGAGUCUCAGAACUCAAACCUGAUCUGUGCCAUAUGUCUGGAACGCUUUCGAAUCCCAGUCACCAUCCCCUGCGGUCACACCUUCUGUCAAACAUGCAUCACAACUCACUGGGACACCAAGAGCAAGUCUGACAUUGGACCUCAGUGCCCGAUGUGCAAUGAGAAGUUUAUGACCAGGCCUGUCCUCAAACGCAACGUUUCCCUGUCAGUCCUGACUGAGGCUGCAAACAACUCAGGGCCCUCUAGCAGAGAGACACUAAUGAGGGGAAGUGAAGGGGCCAGAGCCAUGGUGCUUUGUGAUCGCCAUAAAAAGCCUCAGGUUUAUUACUGCAGGCAGGACAGGACGUCUGUGUGCUGUGAGUGUGGCAUCUCAGAAUGUCUGAACCAUGACAAGGUCCUUUUGGAGGUGGAGAGGGAAUAUCAAGAGGUAUAAUAACAAACACCAGCCACCACAACUACUUGGCUGGGGGUGUGAUAUGGUUGUCAGACCAGUUAUUAUGCUGUACACUUGACUACAGUGGUAUAGUUACAGAGUUCAUGAUGGCUUUGUAAAUUUGAUGUUUUCUUUACAGAUGCUGCUAGAGAGGAAGAAUAAAGAGAUGGGUAAACUCAUGGAGGAAACAGAGAAGAGCAUUAAAGAGUUGGCUGAAAAUAUCAGUCAAGCUAAGGUGAGGUCCUGACAUCUUACCCUAAAUAUUGCCCUACAUACAUUUCUCUGUAUGUAAACCAUUUUUGUGUUCUGGCAAGUAACAGAGGCCCUAAAGAAAUGGACAAAGAUUUUUAGCCUAGGUCCUAUUUGAUAUAUUUCAGGCUCUAAAAACAGAAAGAAAAUGUUUGCUCACACAACAAAAUGGUUCAAAAUCCUGAAAGUUUUGUGGUACAGAAAUUAGAAUAUUCAAACUAAACCACUUGUUUCUUCUCUUUUAAAAUUUUCUUAAACCAAGUUAUCUCCUACUGUUCAGUAUUUUCAAGUGAUCUUAGUUGAAAAGCAAGUCACUGUAUGUUGGCUUCUAGCUCCCUGAGGCUAACCACAGUGGCAAAACUCAGCACUGCCAGUCCAACUGUCCAACAGUGAGAGAGAGUAUUAGGGGCAGCUGAUUAGUGUCUCUGCACACCAAUGAAAACCUGUAGAAAAGGAAUGCAACUUAAAGUUAUUUUUAUUCUGUUGAAAAUGUAGUCUGUCAGUUCUGCUUGACAUCAUUUUAAUGAGAAAAUAAAUCAAGAGAAAACAGGGACAUGCAACAGAAUAGAUUUUAGAUAUUGGUCAGCAUAAAUGGAGCCUUCACAGAUGUGGAAGCUACCCAUGAUGUGGACUCUGAUGAUCCCCAUACUAUCAAGGAUGCUGGCUUUGGACUCGGAGCUGAUAAAAAGCCAGGUGGACCUUUAAUGUUUAAAAACUGAGGAUGUGUCCAGUAUAUGCAAAAAGAAAGUUAAAUUACAUAUUGUAUACUAUGGACAACUUGGUUCUGCCUUCCGCUAGUAUUCGGAUUUGAAGCCGGAAACCUCUCUGUAAUUCCGUCUUUUUUCUCCAUUUCCUGAAACCAACAUUGCGCAGUAGUGUUGUUUGCACUCCACCACUUGCACAGUAGCAUUGUACGCAUUCGGCAGGAGAGUCGCCGAGCGUCGCUGUGAUGACGAUCGGCUCAAACGGUAUAUCCCCUGGGUGAGCUACGCAAUCUUCAUACCCUCAAAGGCUGUAUCAAGUGUCAAUCAUGGAAAAUAUGAACCCCUUGAUAACUUUUUACAAUAGAGCUGCACAGAAAAAGGAGGACUUGAGCUCAAACCAGUCUUACAGUAACUAUAUGUCAACACCACAACAAGGGAGGAGAAAAAUUUCUAUUCUGUGUAAUAAAUUUCUAAAGUUUGUCCACAACUCCAUAGGGAUUGCUGGAGGAGGCGGGAUUUAUGACCUAUACUGCAGCCUAUCACCAGAGGGUGCUGUUCUCAGGGUGGCCUCACCCAGCGAGGAGGCAGAUGCUGUCUGCCUGCAUACUGGCAGACAGCAUCAAUUCUACAUACAGUCUAUGGUUAAACUCUAAUUCCUCAGUCUACAAUACAUUUUCAACUUCACCUCAGUCCAUCUUAAAUGGGCUUUGAAAUUUCUAGAUCGUGUUUGUAGAUGGUUUCCUCUUUGCACGCUUCAGUUUUAUGUUUACAACAGUGAUUUUCACUACAGAGUCCUGUCUGUUUUUAAUGCAGUGCUGCCUGAGGACCAGUGGCGGCUGCUGGUCUUUCAAGGAGGGGAAGCUAAUUUUUCUGGCCUACAUCAUAAUUGUAUUUGUUUAUUAGUAUGUAACAGAACAGAGUCGCCAAACACAACGGCAGUCGUUUUUAACAAAGACAAAAGUCGCUGAGGAUCGGUAGAUUCUCCGGAGCAGUUAAGAACAACGGAAUGAAUAACUUGGAAAAUGCUCUGGUAGAUGUUUUAUUCUUCAAGAUCGCUGAUUCGCUUGUUUAGCUGUCAAUCAAAAAAGGAUUUCGCCUCAGACAGCUCAUCCAAUCAUGGAUGCAGAAGCUCGGAGUCCGGGAGAAAGUCGGGACCGCCCUCUCGCCAUAGAACUCCAGUGAAGCUGGGCUUCCGAUGGGCGGGACAAAGCCCAGCAUUUAUCCAAUGAGCGUCUAGUUUCGCUGCUGGAACAACCCACUUUAAGCUUCCACAUUGAAGUCAGCAGAAGCCCAGCGUCCGGCUGUUUAAAGCGCUGAGGCGCUGCGAGGAUGAAUGAGAACGAAGUUAUGCCGGUUACCUGUGAUUAUCAGCUUCUUAUCACAGUGUCUGAACAAAAGAUGAAGGCUUUCUAGUGCGUAUUUAGUUAAUGAAAUGUACACACAGUAGUACGUAUUUCACCACUUUUUCUUUUUUUUGGGGGGGUGACAUUUUAAGGGAAGCCGAGCUUCCCUUGCAGUCUUAGAGCAAUCGCCACUGCUGAGGACCAUCCACGCUUGGUUUUGGUCCUUGUCCCUUUAGUACAGAGAUUUCUCCAGAUUCUCUGAAUCUUUGAAUGAUAUCAUGUUCUGUAGAUGAUGAAAUCCACUCAUUCUUUCACAUUUAAGAACAUUAUUCUGAAACUGUUGAUCUACUAGUUCACUCAGUCUCUCACAGAGUGGUGAACCUCUUCUCCUCUUUCCUUCUGGGAUACUCAGCCUCUCUGAAUGUCCUUUCUAUACCCAGUCAUGUGACUAACCUAUUGGAAAUUAACCUCAUCAAUUAAGAGAUGUUCCUGCAGGUUAUUAUUUUUAUCACAUUAAUCUUUGAGAGAUUUGUUGUUUUUGUCCAAAGACUUUUGAAAUGUUUAGCUGGCAUCAACUCUUACAUAAAAAGACUAUUUUUCAUCCAACUGUAACAUCUCUCGGUGAUAACUUUGACAAGUUGUAUAAGCACUAUUUUCAAUUAAACACAGAACUGAAAUGAUUUGCAAACCAAAGAAGUCUAUUGGGUAACCCUUUCUUUUACGGUACACUUAUUACCAGGUAAUUAACAGGUAAUUACCUAGUAACAACAUGAAAUUAUCUGGUAAUUACAUGAUAACUACUAAGUCAAUACUUUCUAGCUACCAGGUAGGUAACCUUCCAUCAUCAUACAAAUUUGAAGCCGAAUUGCUCUGGUAUUUCCAGGAUUUUCUCAGCUUCCUGGGACCACCACUUGCACAGUAGCAUUGUACGCAUUUGGCGGGUGAGUCGCUGUGAUAAUGCUCGGCUCAAACAGCGUAUCGCUACGCAAUCUUCGCACGCCCAUAGGCUGUAUCAAGUGUCAAUCAAAGAAAAUAAGAACCCCAAAUGGCUUUUGAAAAUGGAGCUGCACAGAAAAAAAGAAAAACUAGACAGUAUUGACUUAGUAGUUAUCAUGUAAUUACCAGAUAAUUUCAUGUUGUUACUGGGUAAUUACCUGUUAAUUACCUGGUAAUAAGUGUACCGUAAAAGAAAGGGUUACCCUAUUGUUAUGAACGUUUCACGCUGUAUCCAACUCUUAUAUAAUUAUAUAAUUCCAAAUCUCCAAACACUCUUCAGUGACUAAAACCAAGAUCAAGAAAAGCUUCAAAUCCUGACAUUUACUCGGUAAAAGUUUAAUUUCUUUGAUUUAUCCUGAGAAACAGCUGAAGGGAUGAAUUUAUUGACCAAAUGUUGGACAGUGAUAUAUGUCCAGGGACACUCAUUGUUGAUUGUUGCAGAGCAGGUUCCAAUGCAUUCAAAAGAAAUGUUCCAUUCUGAACUAACAAGCCUAGCGGUGUGUAAAGAUGAGGGGGAAAUAAUUAGCAGUGGACACAAUUAUCUAUGUAUUUUUUACUCUGAUGACUCCACACUUGAUAUCAACAGGUCACUCUGCAGCAGACCUCCGCCUGGGCCAAUGUCAAGUUCUCCACGCUGAUAAAAAUCCUGGCUGAGAAACAGGAGGCCACCGAGCUUUUUGUUGAAGAACAGAGGGAAGCUGCAAUCUCAGAGGCAGAGGCCCGGCUGGCUGAACUAGAGGGACGCUCCCAGAUCCUUCGUGAAAGUCAGGGGCAGAUAGCAGCUGUACAGAGCCUGGCUGACACAGAGCUGAUCAAGGUUUGUAAAUCCACUAUCACACAUGUUUAAACCUGGUCCAAACAGAGAAAAUGCACUGUGAAGUAUCAUCUGUUGUCUCUUCUGUUAACAAUUAUGUAAAUUAAUAUUUCUAUUACCAUCCCAUGUAUUGUCUAAGUUAAAAAGCCAAAUCUAUACUUUACUGAGGGAACUGUCUUCUAAAGUUCACAUGAAGUUCACACUUCACGCUUUUUAAAGCACAGGUUUUAUGAGUGCAAAGAUGUUUCAGCAAAAGUAUCAAACAAUGUGAGAACAAGUCCAAUGUCUGCAAAAAGGAUGGAUUUGGUUCCAUGCCAGCCAGAAAGCAGAUUUGUGCAACUGCUCUGAGUGAUGGAUGAAUUGUGUCUUGCACAUUUGCUCACACCUAUGUCCUCUAGCUUCCAGGUUAACACUGUAACACCAGGUGGCAACUAGAGCAGUAAAAAGAUGAUUCCUUAUUACAUUUUUAUGCAAAAGAAAAAGAGGAUCAGCAGCAAGACUUCAACAUGAAUAUUUGACUUUUUGUUUUUCGCCUGUUUAAACUGAGCAGAGAUGCUACAAAACAUCCUCUAAUUCACAAAACAUGCACAAAGAGUUUAAUCGGCACUGCAGCGCUAAUAGCGCCUCUGUGCUCUUGGGCUGUUUAUUUACAUUUAAAUGAGCCAUUGUGAAUUAAUGUGGAGCAAAAUAAUAUGUCUCUUUUUAUCAAAAUAGUCUCUUAGCAAAUAAGACUUAAUUCACAAAGUCUGCUGGUAUCAGCAGCCACGCUCAGGGGGAUAUUUUUGAUGUCAGCUAAAAGCCAGUGUUAAAAUGUAAUAGAUAACAACUCGACCUUUACAUGACCAAGAAUUAUGUAUGUGCAUUAAGGCUGUAAAUUUCUUUGACUUCGGCAUUUUUUUUUGUAAUUUUCAGUGUUAAAUAAGUCUGUGGCUCAACUCCUACACACACAGCCUCUGCCAUUACAUAUAAUGGAGUGUCUUCAUUAUUAAUCCAAACAAGCUGCUUUUUGCCAAUUAAAACAGAGGAAUUUGUUCACAUCUGUGACGAAACCACUGCCUGAUAAACUGCUUUUAGAGUGCACAGCACUGUUCUGUGCAACAGAGGGAAAAGAUGUGGACAGCUUCAGUCAGCCAGAGUAAAAUGCAAAACUGAAGCUAAUCUGCAGGUUGCUGCAGAACUUAGUGGGCAUCAUGCAGUUUGAUGUUCAUUAUUGCAAUCCGCUCUGUGUGAUAGAUAGAUAGUGACAGAGACAGAUAGUGAGGGCAAAUGGCAAGCAGUUCUUGGUGAUAUUAGCAGUCACAAUCCAGUCUUUGUUAAUUCCCUGUUUGUGAUUUUAAUAAGGAUUGCUGUAAUCUGUCAAGUACAUUUGGUUUCUUUAGAAGAUAAAAUCAUAAGAGCUAAUGUGCCACCAUUUGGGCCCAUGCAAAGGUGAGAUUUAGGAAGAUUAGGUUUUACAGACUCAUCUCAAAAACACCAGUUAUAGUUAUUUAUUUAUUUUCCAUUUUCAUCUCUUUCCAGGAAUCGAUGCUCAUAGAAGUCCCCCGUUUCGAGGAUAUUCCCACAAAUGUAACAGCCAACCUCUCAGAACGAUUAAACAGUGUCACAGACAUCCUGUCCCGAGUCUCUAAGCUGGUGUCAGAGGACCUGGAAAAAGCUGUGAGCACAGCUGUUGGUCAGGACAAAGACGGUAAUCUGACCUCUAAAAUGAUCUUCUAUCUUUACUCUGAGAUGAAAAACAACAUCAAUUGUUGCCCUGUCUUUGCUUUGCCAUCUCAAGUCAUUGUUGGUCUGCAGGUUCACCUCAGGAUAAGAGGCCGAUUCUUGCUGUUGUUCCAAGUCCAGCUGCUCCAUGUCACCCAGGUGGAAAGGAAGGCCUCAGUGCAUGUAAGACCCCUUUAUAUCUUUACAUCAUCUUGUUUCUAAGUAUAUCAUCCAGAUCACUUCUGCAUGCCUCAGCUCUGAUAGCCCAGUAUGUCUGGUUGAUUGUCCUGUAUUAGAGGAUGACAUUUUUUCGGGAGUUCCCGUGGGUCAAGUGAUUCCCGCAGGAAUCCCACGGGAUGGGAGUCAUUUUUCAAUUAAUCCCGUGAUCGGCUGAAAAUGAUCAUCUAUUAAUGUUGUUCCUGCUCCUGCCCACUUCCGUUGCUUUUUUUCCUGUCCCGUCCCGACCACGGGAUUAAAUUAAAAAUGACUCACAUUCCGUGGGAUUCCCGCGGGAAUCACGUGACCCACGGGAAUUCCCAAAAAUGUCAUCCUCUAUCCUGUAUGUCACUUCAGGAAUAUGCUGAAGGUAAAUUAGCAUCAGUACUUUUUCAUUCCAAAACAAAUAAGGCAAAGACUCAGUGAAGAAAUCAGCUUCUCCUUUGAUUCGUCUGAUCCAGUGGCGGCUGGUGAGAAAAAUAAUAGGUUGGGCUGAAGGUUUGGAAAACAGAGCCCUGUAGGGGGGUCCAGGGGUGUCCUCCCCCGGGAGAUUUUUUUUUCAUUUUCAAAAGGUAAAUGAAGCAGUCUGGUGCUUUCUAAGAAAAUAAUUAAGGAAACAUACGAUGUUGACCCACAAAGACAAAUGGGGUGGGGAUACUGUAUUUCAACUUAUUAACAGGGCAUUAUAGCCAACACACAGCCUACCUACAUUCAAUGUAAUCCUAUGAUAUAGAAACUGACAGUAGCAUACUCUUACUCGUGUACAUCCACCUGCAUCUCAACAGGUUAGGCUACAGCAAAGGAGCACACAAAGACAACAGCAGAAAAAUAGUGAAGAGCAGACCCUCAUUUAUAACAAAUCAGGCUGCAUAUCAAAGUGAUCAGCCAUGGAAAACAACACAAACAUUUGCUUUAAAUACAGAACAGUUUUAUUAUAUUUGAUAUUUCAGUUGAACUGAAUUGAAACUGGGUGAACAAAUACAGGGUUCCCACUCUUUUAUAGAAAUCAUUUUCCAGGACUUUUCCAGGAUGUUUUCAUCUUGCCUUAAAAAUGAUUUAUUUCUAACAUUGUGGCAUGAACAUUGUCUGUUAGCUUUCUUUUUAGUCUGGCUUUUAUGUCUCACAAUAAUAAAUUUAUGGUUUAUAUUAGGUUUUAAUCUUUAUACUCUACUUUUCUACAAACAGAUUUUGUUGACUGACUGUUUCAGUAGCUGAAAUUUUAUUUUGCCAGCUUUAUGAUUUCUUUUUGUCACCAUUAAUUUAAACGGGAAACAGAGAAGAGCCUUGCUCUUCGGACUAACAGUUAGCCAUGCUUUGCGCCUACCCUGCUCUUGAAAAUGUCUGCAUAUAUUGUCUGCUCUUCUCGGUGGUCACUUGCUGAGCGGUGACAUCUGGUCGAUCCGGACCGAACUCUUUCAGCUUUAGUUACUCCUGUAGAGUUCUUCUCUCAAAUUGACCUACUUGUUGGACAGCGCAGCGUUCUCCGGUAAAUCACUCGGUAGGGGGUUUGCGGUAAUCAUUUCCUCAUCCUCUGUCAUUAGCAGCCAAGUGCAGAGUGAGGGGCGGACCGGCUCCCAGUAGAGCAGCUAGCUACGUCAGACGCACAUUGUAACUAUGCGUCUGUUCGUGGCCAAUCUGGUUAUGAAUGUGCUUACGUGAUUCAAAUUAGGGACGCUGAGGCCCUCAUCCCUGGCGCCCCUUAAGGAUUUUUUUUUAUGUGGCUAGGAUUAGCUUUUUAAUGCAGAACUGUGAUCUGAGCAUGCGUGAGGGAGCAGAAAGCUUGGGCGCUGGCCCGUAGUGCCCCUAACGCUAAUGCACAACUGUGAUCUGAGCAUGAGUGAGACAACAGAUGUUCCAAGUCCGCCCCGGUGCUGGGUGGAGAGAUCGCUAACGGACUGAAAUACACAUUUAAUGGAAUAAUUAAUAUAAUAGUGCCAUUUCCUUACUUUGAGAAUCAUUUUCAGGGAGACAGCAGACAUCUCUUUUUGCUCACGCAACUCAGGUGGGGCUCCGCCCGCAGCGCCCUUUUAUAUCGGCCGCCACUGGUCUGAUCCCUUUCUUCUUCAACAGAUCGAUGUGCGUUGACCUUUGACCCACGAACAGCAAAUGGGCACCUGUUCCUGUCCCAGGAGAACAGGAGAGCAGAACACCUGACCUCUGGGCCACGCCCAGUCCCAGGCAACCCAGCCCGCUUUGAUCACACCUGGCAGGUGCUCUGCUUUCAGAGCUUUAAACAAGGGCAGCACUACUGGGAGCUGGAGGUGUCCAAGCCGUGGGCCUAUCUGGGGGUAAGGAACUCAGUCGUAUUUGUUUAUUCAUCAAAUCUUUGAAUUUUCGACAGAUGAUUUUAGUCUGUCUCAGGGUGGGAUUCAGCAGUGCACAAAGCUCACCCUCAUCCUCUCUACUUCCUCUCGUCAGGUAACCUAUGAAACCAUCCCCAGGAAGGAGAAGGGUAAGAGGUGCAUGGUAGGGAUGAAUGAACUGUCCUGGAGCCUGCAGCUGGACGAGCAUCAGCUAAGCGCCUGGCAUAACGGCCGCAAGGAGAAUCUGGCCUGCCACUCCCACCACAGCCGUAUUGGGAUGCUGCUAGACUACGAGGCCGGGACGCUCACGUACUACGGAGACGGGCAGACCAGGCUGCACGCCUUCCACUGUGCCUUCACCCAAGAGCUGUUCCCCGCCUGCUGGAUAGGAGAGGGAGUCAGCAUCACCCUCUGCUCCACAUGAGCCAGCACAGAGAGAGAGAGAAGGGAAUUAGGGAGCUCAGAGAAAUUAAGCACUAUCAGCCACAGGCACUCAACGUAGAAAUGAUCCCUCAAACUUAAUAGAGAUUUCACAUUUUUCAAAUAACAAUGAUUGCCUUCCUCAGAAGUAGUAACUGUGAAGGGCUUUACCCUCCAAACUGUCCCCGGCUUAUUCACAGCAUUACAACACAUUAAGAAAACGGUAGCAGUCCUUAAAAACCUCAGAGCUCUUGUUCAAGGACACAAGAGAUAAAAUAAGGAUGGAACAACAAUAAGAAUUGCCAAUUAUUUCAAUAAUGAGACAAUGAUUUUAGCCUUUUUCCAAGCCAUCCUGCGACACAUUUUCUUUUAAAAUUGGAGUGUUUGUAGCUUUUAUGUGUCCUUCAGUAUGUGAUAAGAAGCGUCUUUGGGUGCUGAAACACUGUUUAACAGAAGAAGAUAUUCAAACGCUUUUCUCGAUCGAGGAGAUCAUCAAGACUAUUUUUUAUCCCUUUUUUCUUUGAUAUUUGGAAGGCUUAAGACCCAAGAGGAACUCACUCCUUUAUUUUGUUUUGUUCUUUUGGAAAUUUUAAAUGACAGUAGGAUUAUUUUGGACCGUGUCUGCUUUCAGUUAGAAGUCAGGCCUUUUGUCUCAGUAUGUCAGAUUUUAUUUCAAGUUUGAGACCUGCAAAGCAACAAGCAGUCAUUACAGGCAUCAGUCUUAUUAGACAUUAGGAUCAAAUCCUGCAGUUCACUUUACUUUAGUUAGCUUUAGAGAACUGUGCCGUGACUCCACCAGCAGCCUCUGUUAUUUUCUCUGAUUAUUUCAUUGUCAGAUCACUGUGUGUUGCAACAGUGUUUUGGGUGGCAAGUGCAGUCCUGCCAGCUUGUGCAAGCUCAUACAUCAGAUUUCAGUCUUAUAAAGGAGACCAUCAUGCUGAUCUGUACUUUGAUCCAUACGCAUCAUUUUAUAAUGUCAAUUGUCGAGAUGGAACAACAGCAAAAUCUGUUCAUGUAGGGUUAGGUCGAGCUUUGGUCAAAGCUUGAUUAGGUGAUUUAACUGGACUACCGUCCUCAUCCCAGUUUACAAGCACCGAGCAGGAGUCAAAUUUUGACAGUCUGCCUCUGCUACAGGAGGAGGUAACAUGCCCUCUUUCUGCCUGUUACCACUGGGUCAUCUUACAGUUGACUUUUUAUAUACCAAAACAAUCAACAAACACAUUAGCAUGUACGUCAAUCUAAGAAAACGCUGUCAUUUUUACAGCUCUGUACCUUUUGUAUUAAGGAUACCACAGUGUUGUCUUUGUUUGUCUUUUUUUCAUCUCUCAAGUUUUGUUUACUCACUGGCUUUCUAGCAACACAUUUAUGCUGUUCGACGUCUGGGCCAAAGCCUGGUAUGCUAACUCUUGAGUAUACACACAGACUGCUAAGUUCAGUGUCAGACAGAGAGGAGAAAAACCGAUCCUCAGCCACAUUAUCAAGUUAUGUAAGUCCAACAAUGAGAAGCUGGAUUUAAUGUGUUCCGAUGAGGCUAACACGUUUAAAUGUCAUUUAAAACUCCAGUUUCAGUCAGACAAGCACAGUUAAUCGAUUCCUUAAACAACAUGUAAACACACUGACUAAUGGGAUGUCCCAAGACAUUUUUCCCCAACUUCUCCAAACAACUGGUUUCUAGUCAUGAUCACAGACUGACGUCAGGUCAUGCUGCCCUAGUGAAGUCCAUUUCACCGCUCGUCUUUUUCCUCCGCUCUGUACUUUAUGGAUUCAGUUUGUUACUGUUACUGAAACCUGGUGCUGUUCAUCUAUAAACACCGUUAUGAACAUGAGCAUCGUUUUGUAACUACAAAGCUGUGUAAAAAGUAACAUCCCCAAAUUUUGUCUCACGGGGCCCAGUCCUUACGUAGGCUGCACUCAUGCGUGUUUCUUGGUCUCCUUUUCCUCACUCACUUUCCCCGUUUGUCCACUUUGCAUGUAUCACAGACUCUGUGAACAGCCAGCCCUUUCAGCAGGGACCCUCUGUGGCUGGAGUGGGUCAGUGAGGGUCUUCUGGACGACUGUCAGAUCAGCACUCUGCGCUGUAAUUGUACUGAACUAGACUAAGAGAUACAGGGUAUUCUUUCUGUUUGAAAAUUCUAAAUGAAGUAUUUAAAUUUUAAGAGCUGUGGACUAUAAAAAUUUAAAUAAAUACUGAUUAAUACCUUUUAGUUUAAGUGUGAUGAGUCAAGAAUAUUUCAGUAAUUUUCCUAGAUAAAAAAUCUGAACUUUUCACAAUAUUAUUUGUUGAGAUGCACCCGAAUGUUCCCUACCAACUAGGAGCAGCAGAUGGGACUUUAAUCAGUCAUCACCUAACAUGUUUUACACUUCAGGCUUUUGAGCUCAUUGCAUAAAUGAAACACAGAGGUUUAAUUCAGAGUUUGAGAGUUGUUGGUUUAUUGCCUUUACAACAAAGUCACACCUGCAGUUUCUCCUUAGUGCUUUAUUAGCUCACUUUGUUGCUGUGGUGUAUUCACCAUACAGAUAUUGAGUCACAUUGAUGUUCUUCUCCUUGGUAAGAAAGCCAAAAGGUGUUUUUUUUUCCUCCAUGACUCUGACCCUCACACUAAUCAGUUCCUUCAUGUUUCAGCGUGUCUUGUUUUUUAUAAUGUGGAUGUGGCAGUAAACGAAACACUACCUUAGCCUCACAAUCUGUAGAUACACACAUGUAGGAGGUCACUGCAGCGGAGGACAGAGACAAAAGAGGACGUCAUUGAAAUGUUUUGAUAGAUUAUUUCACUGAGUUGUCUGGAAAUCAACCACUUCUGCUUAGCCUGUCUCUUAAGAUUUUGUUUGUUCCAGCAAGUUUUCACCUCUGGGAUUUGAUCCACACAGAUCUGGGAUCCAGUUAAUUUUGUGUUUUGUGUGUAUAGGACAGUAUUUUGAAUAUAAUCAUCAAGGUAACACUUUCCUGUUACAGGUACCACUCUGUUGUACCAUGAACAAUGUGGAUGUAACUGAGUUUCUACGGAUUGUUUAUUACUACUGAGAAUGGAGAAGUGAACACGUACACCGUUUUGUUUUCAUUUUGGGAUGUUUGUAUAAAUGCAGACAUGAAACCCUGCCUUUAUAAUGUGGAGCCUGUGAUGCUGACAGUUUUGAAGGAAUCUGCUGUACAGGACAAAUGCUUUUAUCGGCUUGUGAGCACUUCUGACGGUGUGGCUUCAGAGCACUGAGGCACAUCAGUCUUUGGGAAACUGCUGAGGAUUUGCACAAGAAAGAACUACUGACUCUGAGAAGGGAAAAGCACAUUUAACAAGCUGCUUUCAUCUAAAGGCAUUCAUUACACCCCCUUCGAUUGACUGUGGAAAAGGUUUAUGUUAAGUAUGUUAUUGCACUACAGCAUUUUCAUAGUUGUGAUGUUGCAAUACUCAGUGUCCAAUAAAGAGUGAGUAUAAGAAGUGAACACGGCCACAUGACACUAUCAGAUGUGUGCUGCCAUUUUUAGUCAAACCAUGAUGGGGGGGGUCAGGUGGUAAUGACUGGUCAAUCACAGGCAGCCAUGCUCAAAGCAAACUCUGCUCAUCAUCGACUUUGAAUCAAAUAAAUGAUGAAAACUUUACAAAGAGGCAGUGUUUGCUUCUUAUACUGUGUGUGGUGUACAAAAAAGUCCAACAGUUCAUGUCACAUGAAUCAAGAUUCAUUUAAUAAAAUCCAGUCCAACGCGGACAAGCAUAAGUUAAGAUCAUGCUUUGUUGUACUUGAGCCAUUUUACAUGAAUUUUUCAAUAAAUUAGUUUGAAAUAAAUACAGAGCUUCAUUAUCAUUAUUAUUUUACACACAGCCAUGACAGAGCAAAGAAGAGCCUGAUGCAUAGCAAUCUGAAAGUGCAAAGAUUCAGCCACACGUUCCACAGAUACAAUUAAAUAGAGUAACCACAGAGGGGGGAGAGGUGUCGGCUCAGAUACUGAGGUGAUCAGGUUCAAAGACUGACCUCACGCUGGAGAGUUAGGAUCAAAAUGAAGGGUGAAGUCGGCUGGCUGUGAGUCUGACCGUGUGUUUUCUCGAAUGUUCAGACGCAUGACAAAACAGGAAGUGACAUCGUUGAGUGACUGCUCUGCUCUUGAGUAGUAGAGAUAAUCCGUCCUGUCAGUCCAUCCCUCCAUUGCAGCCCUGGUCGCCCUCGCUUUCUGCUCUAAUCCAGGAUCAGGGAUUCACUGCCGGGGCUGCUCUAAUCUUUGUACUCCUCUGGUCUGCUUAAACACAAUGAGGCAGACUUGACCUUUCUGCAGUCGGCCGUGUUUACAAGUGCUUUUGUUUUCUCUAGCUUUUUAGUGUGAAAAUAUCACUUUCUUAAAAGUCUACAUAUUAAAAGCCUGUACACACAAAUGAUAGAAAAAUAAAACACUGCAUUCAGUUCGCCGCUCAGAGGACUAGCAAAGUAAUUAGUGUCAUCUGGUUUUGUCUGGUUUCAUAGACAGACCAUUAAAGGUGAGCUUCACAACAUCACUGAAUCUGGAGUUUAGUGUCAGGGCAAGAAUCCUUAGAAACCCACACAGCAAUGGAUGCUAAAGUAUGUCAGAUCUGAUCAUCUACCUGGUCAUUUUCUUGUUUCUCUCAAAGAUACUACCAAUACUUUCAUUUUCCGUCAAGUAAAGGUGCUUUUGUAAAGAAUGAAGCUAAUUACAGUAAAGAAAUUAUUAUAUGGAAUGUAUAAGAAUGGAGAUGAGAUGAGAAAAAAGCUGAAACCAAAGAUCAAAAAUGAGCUUUAGGAGGUACGGAGAAAAGAAAAAGAGGGAAUGAGAAAAGGAGGGGUCCAGUGAGAUAAGGACUGCAGAAUACAGUGAGGAAUAAAGGUGAGAUGGAGUAGGUCUACUGGUUCUUCUUGUCCUCUGGAGGAGAGUAUGGAGGAGGCUUGUCCUGUGAAGAAAAGACAGUCUUUGUUAGAGAGAAUGGUACUCUACAAUCAUUCACUUACGAGUGCACAUAACUAACAUUUGACAUUUGACAAGCAUAGCAUGGGCUGCCACGACGAGCGCUUGACGUCGUAGCAGGUCACGACGUCAAGCGCUGAUCCGCGCCAAUGACAAGUACCCACCUCAACCAGCUGAUGGCCCAGCUAUUUCCUCCUAGCUCUUAUUGGUCCUAUGCCUUUAGAGCGCCCUCUUUAAAAAUGCCCUAACCCAGCCUCUUCCUCUUCCUCGACAGCCAACCUGCAACCCACCUCCACCCCAGCUCCACCCUUGUGUCAGCUUAACUGCUCCCCUACCCUUGAAGUGCUCCUAUUCCAGGGGGGGUUCUGUUCAUCGCUGCCCUACCCCCCGUUGUUUCUGCCUUCAUGUUGCCUCAUGAAGGGUGGGAAGGUGCUCUUUCUGCGGCUGGCCUCUCACGCAUGCUUGCGUGGAGAAAGGGGGGCCCCGAACAGAACCUCGCAUGCGCUCCCAGCUAUCAUCUUUUCAUGAUGGCUCAUAAAGGGCAGGAAGGGGCUCUUCCUGCCUCUGGCUUUCGCACAAGCGCGUCGGAGGGCAGGGACCCAGAACAGAACUAUGCCGCCAAAUGUAACUUUGCACGAUAAAGCUGAAUUUUGACGAAAUGAUCCUGACUGAACUCACAGUGACUGUGCAGUAAAUAUAGGAAGUGUCGCUUAGGAAUUUUGAACGAUCAAGAUGGCUAAAAUAUGUUUUCAGCGGAUAUGAGGAAACAAUUGAGAAGCGCUUUGCAUGUACAGUCUUUAAUGGUAGGUACAUGCAAAGACCAGCCCAGAAUCACUGCCAAAGGCCUCUGCCCUCUUGGACAUGUGUGUCUGAGUACCUGUCAUUAGAAGCUAUAGGCUGGGAGCCCACAUGUAGACCGCCUUUGCUGAUAACUGGGUCUGAACUAGGAUCUGAACUGGGUGCUGAGUUGGUUCUUCAAUUAAGGAAUCACCAAAAACUGGAAGAGUUGCACUGAAGAGGAAGUGGUUUUUAAACAUCACAGUGCUGGUGCAGUUAUGGCCCCCAAACAGUACGUUUCUGAGCCGCUGUUUCAAGGUUAGCCCCCAUGUACUCUAAGUCUGAUAGGGAGCUGUUCAGACAAACCGAGGGAUACUAACAUCUGCCUAAACAAGUACACUUGAAAAACAGGGCCAUUUCUUUGUUUGCUGAACACUCAGUUCAACUGUUUUAUACAUAUUGAACAAUUGGGGAUGUCCAUCACAUGUAGGCUACUCAUGCCCACACGUGAUGUGGAGUCACAGUCCAACCUCUCAUUUUGAAGAGCUAUAAAAUAAGGUGAAGAAAAAAACUAUUUGUUGUUUUAGCAGAGCAAAGCUCUUUCUGAAUUGUUAAUGUCGCUGUUUUUUGUAAUAGAGGAGCUGGCUGAUCAUUUUCCUUUGAUAUCACCGUCUCUUAACCGUAACCUAGUAGAAAAAGAGUAAUGGUAAGAGCAAACAUUACCGAAUAGUGGAAGUAGCUCACCUGUGGCAGGUACACAUGUGUAGGAGGCAGUGUGACUGAGCUGGCGCUCGCUGCUGCCUCAGCUGCUUUAGCCUCCGCUGGGGAAGAGAGAGGAUGGGGUCAUUGACAAAAAAUAGUUGACUUAUCUCUGGGCUUCACGAUAACAAUGAAGUUAAUCACACCCAAGGUUUAUUAACCAGUCAAUAUUAAAGAUUUGUUGGAAGGGAAAAGUGAUGCAACCGAUAAAAUACUGAAAUAUUGGUGAGAAGUUGACCAAAAAAAAAAAAAAGCAAGGUCUACUUUUGGUCUUUUUCUAAGGUUCGAGAGCAAAUCUCAAUUCAUAAUUUUGGCUUCAUUUGUAACUGAUCAUCAUCAAAAUAAUAUUUAAUGCUGGAAGCUUCCACUUGUAUGCUCCAUAAAAGAAAAACUCUCAGAGAACUUUAACUUCUUUUUUUAUUUAUUGACAAUAUAAUAAAUAUGUAUUUUAAUAAGGAUAAGUAAUAAGUAUUUUUGAAUUUCCCUCUGGGAUUAAUAAAGUAUCUAUCUAUCUAUCUAUCUAUCUUUAGAAAUCCAGAUUUAUUUAAAAAAAGCUAUAAAAAAGAGCUAAAAAGUAAGUUGGAAGUAUACUGUUUCACAGUAUCCAGUUGAUCAUUUCAGUCUUUAAUUUACCUCACUGUCAUGUCAAACUUGAUGUGCUUCCCUGAUUGCUCAUACUUUAAACUGUUUAAGGUCAUUAGCCUCCAGCUACAUGAUCAGUGAUGAUUUGAUCUAGUCAUAAACGGUUUAAUACCAACAUGAUACGACAUGACAUGUUUUCUAGUACCUCUAGAAAAGGUACUCUCUGAAUCUUUUGAUGGUUUUAUGGACUGUAGAUGAUCAAAUCUCUAAAUUUCUGCAGUUAUUAAUUAAGAAACAUUCUUAAACUGUUGGACUAUUUGCUCACGCAGUUGUUGACAAAGUGGUGCGCCUUUUAUACCCAGUCAUGACCCUCCCCUGUUUUUAAUGAACAGGAAUACACCAAACUGGUGUUUUUGGAGCAGUCCUCAGUUUUCAGUCUUUUGUUGACCCUUAACCAUCUUUUUAGGAAUGUGUUACAGACAUCAAAUUCAAAACAAGUAAACAUAAAAAAAAAAAAAAAUUCGUAUGAUUUCUGUUAAACUAGCAUGUUACAUUUUAUCAGCCCAGCCCAGAGGACUAUUGCAAUCAAUACUUCUUUUUUAUUUUAACAACUCGUAUAUAAACUCACUGAAUUAAGCACAUCUAGCACCACUUAGUCCCUCUAUCUGUCAGGGAGUAUUUUAAUAGCGAGGCUCACCUGCUGCUGAGGAGGGAAGGUCUGGAUCAUGUGGUGGUUGCUGGCCCAGAGGAGCAGAGUAAGGAGGUGGAGGUAUGUAGCCAGCAGAGGCAUCAAAUGCUGGAGGGUUUGGAUAGAAUCCACCUGGACAAAAGGCACAGAAUUUAGAGAUUAGGACAACUAUAACAAAACACUUCCACCAGAUCUGAAGGAGAUUUGUGGCAAGAAACCAUGGUGGUUUGUGGAGCUAGUUAUGACAGCUUUCACCUGGUGGAGGAGGGUUUGGGUAGGAGUAGCCUGGUGGAGGUCCAGCAGGGUACAUCCCAUUAGCAGGAGGGGGAGGGUAAGCAUAGGCCCCAUUGGCCAUGUAGGGGCAUCCACCGAACCCUGCAGUCACAGGCUGACCUCUGGAUGCUGCAAGACACAUCAGGAAGGAGGAGGCCAGAGAUGAAGUGAAAUUUUUAUUGAUUGAAAAACAACUUGGUUUAUUGGGACCACCAAAAAAAUGCAUUGCUGAUAUCUCCAAUUUAUAUCAGCAUUACUGGUUAAAGGUUACAACGUCAUUCAUACCCUGAGCUGCAACCUGCAGCAUGUACUGGCCAAACUCUAUCGCCCCUCCAGCAGCAAAGACAAGUUUGAAUGUAGCGCUGCCCUCCCAGCCGCCUGCAGGAGAAAUGACAUCAAGAAGAAUCCAUGGAAUUACUGUGUGCUGAACAAAGUGAUGGGAAACACUGUGUGAUCAAGCACCAGGGUAACCCUCCACACUCUUAAACUUGUACUCUUGCUCUCUCUCACACACACACGCACGCACACUUUGUUUUUGAAUUUCCCCCUGGGAAUAAUAAACUAUAUAUUUAUCUAUCUAUGCAUGUAUGUAUGUAUCUAUGUAUGUGUCUAUUUAUGAAAGUAUGUAUGUAUGUAUGUAUGUAUGUAUCAGUGGCGAUUGCUCUAAGACUGCAAGGGAAGCUCGGCUUCCCUUAAAAUGUCACCACCCAAAAAAAAGAAAAAGUGGUGAAAUAUGUACUGCUGUGUGUACAUUUCAUUAACUAAAUACGCACUAGAAAGCCUUCAUCUUUUGUUCAGAAUCAGCUUCUUAUCACACUGUGAUAGGAAGCUGAUAAUCACAGGUAACCGGCAUAACUUCGUUCUCAUUCAUCCUCGCAGCGCCUCAGCGCUUUAAACAGGCGGACGCUGGGCUUCUGCUGACUUCAAUGUGGAAGCUCAAAGUGGGUUGUUCCAGCAGCGAAACUAGACGCUCAUUGGAUAAAUGCUGGGCUUUGUCCCGCCCAUCGGAAGCUCAGCUUCACUGGAGUUCUAUGGCGAGAGGGCAGUCCCGACUUUCUCCCGGACUCCGAGCUUCUGCAUCCAUGAUUGGAUGAGCUGUCUGAGGCGAAAUCCUUUUUUGAUUGACAGCUAAACAAGCGAAUCAGCGAUCUUGAAGAAUAAAACAUCUACCAGAGCAUUUUCCAAGUUAUUCAUUCCGUUGUUCUUAACUGCUCCGAAGGCUUUACCGAUCCUCAGCGACUUUUGUCUUUGUUAAAAACGACUGCCAUUUUGUUUGGCGACUCUGUUCUGUUACAUACUAAUAAACAAAUACAAUUAUGAUGUAGGCCAGAAAAAUGAGCUUCCCCUCCUUGAAAGACCAGCAGCCGCCACUGGUAUGUAUGUACAGUACAGGCCAAAAGUUUGGACACACCUUCUCAUUCGAUGUUUUUUCUUUAUUUUUUUAUAUGACUAUUUACAUUGUAGAUUAUCACUGAGGGCAUCAAAACUAUGAAUGAACACAUGUGGAAUUUUGUACUUAUAAGAAAAUUGUGAAAUAACCGAAAACAUGUUUUAUUUUCUAGUUUCUUUCAAGUUGCUCUUGAUGACAGAGGAACUUAGUGACUGACUCUGUCAGUCACGAAGUAACCCUGACAAGGCACACCUGUGAAGUAAAAACCAUUUCAGGUGACUACCUCAUGAAGAGCAUGAACAGCAAAAGUUUGCAGCGCUAUCAAAAAAGCAAUGUGGCUACUUUGAGGAAUCUAAAAUAUAAAACAUGUUUUCAGUUAUUUCACACUUUUUUCUUAAGCACAUGAUUCCACAUGUGUUCAUUCAUAGCUUUGAUGCCUUCACUGAGAAUCUACAAUUUAAAUAGUAAUGAGAAUAAAGAAAAUGCUUUAAAUAAGAAGGUGUAUGUAUGUAUGUAUGUAUGUAUGUAUGUAUCUAUGUAUCUAUGUAUCUAUCUAUCUAUCCUCACCUCCAGGCUCUGCACUCACAGUGCCCUUGAUGUAAUUGGCUCCUAACACAGGCUGCUUGACCUCACAACCUUUCAUGAGGUAGAAAGGCAUCAUGAAGGACUGCAGUCCAUCUUUUUGUCCUUUGGCCAGAAAGAUCACCUGAGGGAAACAACAGUAUCAAGGUCUGCUGAGAGGUAGUGUACAUACCGUAAAGAGUGACAGAAUUCGAUCAGCAUGAAGCUUAAGCUAAACAACAAAGAAGAUAACUGGAUUCAUCUCUCACCCUGUAUGGAGUAAGGUAGAUGCUGCCUUUCUUGCUCUUUCUGAAGGCUUCUGGAAGACGGUCCGCAUCACAGAAAAGCAGCUCCACAUUAUCGUAGUUCAUCAACACACUGAUGACAGGAGUAGAAACAAGAACACAGUUUACCAAAGAUGACACGAAUUGAUGAUUAAAAAGAAUUCUAUUUGUGGCAUGUCUUCUAUUUUUCAUAUACUGAAUUCAUAACAAGUAUCAAAAACAUGACUAUGUAUCAGUGACAAUAUGACUAGAGCCUACUUUCAUAAUCUUGGACUUAGCAGCUUGAGAAUGAGAUCACCAGGUCAUUGUGCAACUGUCCAGUUACUAAACAUGGCUCACCGGUUUCUUUAGUGAACGGUUUGGUAAAUGGAUUAUGCUUCCAUGCAGUCUAUUGACAGGGAUUACCACUGUUUUUGGUUGAGCUGUAAUCGGUUUAACAUUACACUCCAGUAUGUUCUAGAAAAAUAUGAGAAACCCUUCCCUUAAUGAGUGGACCAAAGUGUGGCAGGUGAGGAAGAUAAGCUGGACAGCAGCAAAGUACCACCGCUCCACCAUUGUGUUAAUGUUACACACAUAUUCAGUUUGUUAGCAGAUAGCACAACCAUCUACACAUUACAGAAAACCAUUGUCAGAAAAAGUGAAGCAUGCUAUGGUCAGCAAAAACUAUGGCAUGACAAAUCAGAAGUUAGCAUCUGAUUCACACCCUUUAAUUCAGCUGAUACUGAGAGUCAGGGCAACAAGGUCCUGAUCCAAAACCACAUUUCUCAGGCUGCUCAGAUCUGAAUUUAAGUAUUUUAGAGAGGUAAUGGACCUUCUAAUGUAGAGUUUUAAUCAACCAUUCUUUAUCUAUAUUGCACCAUUACAAAAAUGUGACCUCAAAAUGCUUAACAAAAAAGCUGGUCUAGACCAGACUCUGUUUACAAGACCCAAUGUAGAUGGGAUCACACUGAGCCCCAUCCUGUAAGAUCAGAUCCACUCCCAUCCCAUCUUUAACCACACGAGUGAAACACUUCACAGCAUUUAUCAAGUUACAGUGGAGAGGAAGAACUUUCUUUAACAGGCAGAAACCUCAAACAGAACCAGAUUGAUGUUAGACAGUCGUCUGACAGUAUCUGCCCACUGAGCAUUUUUUGGUCCAAAAGAGGUCUAAUAGACGUCUAAAUGUAGUCUAGACGACUGGUCUAAAAUCCGGAUACCACAGGUCUAAAAAUGAAAGUUUUCAGACGUCUAAAUUUAGACCGAGUUUAGACUAGCCUGCUAACAGAGGUCUACCAGUAUAUUGCCCCACGGCUAUCAUAAUUAUUUUGGUUUAGUACUUGGAGAUCAGUUAUGCAACUCACAGUUGCUUUUUUAAAUAAAUACUUAUCGAAUAGCAGGUGAAAGUGCAUCGUCUACAUUCCGUCUACAGAUAUACAGAAUCUAGAUGGUUGAAAUUAGGUCUAAAAAAUAACUAGACGUCUAAUAGCCGUCUAUUGCUCAGUGGGUGAUUUGUGAAACCCUAACUCUGUUUGUGAAAGUGCAUAAAAGGGUGACCUUGCUCCUUUUCCAGGUGACACAGGAUCAGUUCCUGAUGAAGCUUAAGACUCUUGAAGACAUAAUUUCAGAUUUGUGAAUCUAUUAUUCUCAUUCAAGAUCAUAUGUAAAGUCAAAGUUAAGCUGUGCUGGAUCAGGCCUGGUCUGAUUGCUCUGGGCGAUAAAAAACAGUAACAUCAGUAACAUUGGCUUCUUAGGCAUACCUACAGAUAUGAUACAGCUUUCACAAGUCUAAAACAGUAUUGCAGAGUCCAUAGCCUCUCUCAGGGGGGCAGUGUAGUCCCCCUUUCUUUGCAUUUCCACAAACAGAAUCAAGGUCUUACUAAAUUGAACUGUAUUUCAGAGUCAGUAACCUCUACAAUAAGUAGGCCUAAGACCACAUCUAAAAAGUCUGGUCACUGUGGUUCUGGUUUAGGACCUAGUCCAAGGAGGUCUGGUUGUGAAACAAAGCAAAUUAAUCAGCUUCUUGCAUGACAGAUAGAAUCAAGGUUUCACGAAGCUGAUCGAGAGGAUAAUAAAAUCCAGCUCUGAGAAGCAUAGGUAUUGGGGGGCUGUAUCAUGACUUGGUACAACGUGGUCUAGAGAGAAAAGGGAGCGGAGUUCCUCUUUUUAGCAUGCUCAAGUGUUGAGUGAAGGUUUCAAGUUCUUAGUAUCUUAAAACCAAUUAUCUCCAGGUAUGAGAGUCUAGUGUGAAGGGUUUUGGAUCAGGACUUGGAUCAAUUUGGCCUUGAAAGAAAAAACAAACUAUCGGUUAUAUCAUACUCUUUCACAUUUCCAUGUAUAGAUUUUAGACUUCACAAAUCUAAAACUAUUUUUCACAAGGUCACUAAGAUCAUUUAGUUUAUGAGCAUAUGCGGUUUCGGAUCAGGACCUCGUUUCCAAAACACUCCCUGUAACAGCCGAACCAAAAGCUCUGGAUAAGAUGCUAACUUCAGCGUCGUUAGGCCGUGUCUGCGCUGACAGACCCAGACCCGGUUCCGUUUGAUUCAUCGCGACAGUUCCUGAUUAAAACAUGGCGUUGGAUCAAUAAUCGAAGCCUCGUUUAUUGCUAACAGACGCUGAAAAGUUGUCGUGACUGUUGAGUUGGCUUUAGUUACGCUAUGAUGUUGAGUUGGGAAAAUGAGUCAAGAAUAAUUAGGUAUGUCAUGGACUACUGUCAGAUUAGCCUGUUUGAUUCUUUGGGUAUUGUUCCCCGUUGAAGGAGCGCUUGUUAGUUGGGUUAACGGUUCCUGCUAGCUAGCUCGCUGCCCCCCAGCCUCCGUUACCUCUCACUGUUGUUGAUGAUGACUCCGCCGGACUCCGAGUUGUUCUGGUUCAGAGUCAUGUCGACGGGCCUCGAGACUGUCUCACAACGACAAAAUCAAAAGCUAUUCCCGUAUCCUAAAAUGUUAACGCAGGCCUGUUUGUGGUAUCGGUCGCCACCCCCUCUGCGUUGAAAGCGGUUGUUGUGAAAUGCCUCCUCGGUGUUUGCUGAUGCACCUGCUCUUCCGCUGCCGAGCCCGAGAAACGCCCAGAAGUGACGUCACCGAUCACUAAAAAUGAUAUGUUUACGGAACCAAGGAGGUGUCUAGAAACGUUUAUAACUGGAGAAAAGGUUACUGAUUCAAUACAGUCCCCCCUGUCUUCUGAUCUAACUUUUAGCACAACAAAAUGUAAAGCUCAAAUAGGGUGCAUUGUAUCAAUAACACGUUUGAAACUGUCAUCUGCCACACUCCAGUCAAAAAAAAUCGUCAAAUACCUUUGCAAUCGCAUCACUAAAUAAAAAAAAAAUAAAAAAUAAUAAUAAUAAAAAACAGGGGGGGGGAUCCAUCAGGGUGGCACAGGAUGGCAAUCAGCACCAAAAAGAUGUGUACCUAGCAACCGAAGCGACCAACCCCAAUACGCUGGCAGGUCGAAAGUAAGUAAGGAUGAAUCUCUAAUUUACGACCGUACGUGAAUAUAUCGGUUAGUUUGCCCGUAAAAAGCAUUUGUUUUUUUUUAAAGUGCCUAAAACGUAAAAAUAGAUUUUAAAGAAUUACUGGAGAGGCUACCUGCUUUCCGAUGUGCAUUUUUUUAUUCAGCUCACACCGAAAAGAUCAGGGACACUUGUAAUGUGGAAUUGGGUUUAAUUGUCCAGAGUUAAUCCAUGAUACAUUAUUGUCCUGCAAACAUAUCAGCUGAUUCAGUUUAAGGUUAUGAACAUAGACUGUAUAUAGAAUGGACAACUUGGUUCCACCUCCUGCCAAGUAUACCUUUUUGAAGCCAAAAAGCUCUCGAUAAUUCCGCGAUUUUUCUUCAUUUUCUGAAACCAGCAUUGCGCAGUAGUGUUGUGCGCGUUCGGCAGGAGAGUCACCGAGAGUCGCUGUGAUGACGCUCGGCUUAAACAGCGUAUCCCCCGGGUGAGCUACGCAAUCCUUGAACGCCAAUAAACUGCAUCAGGUGUCAAUCAUAGAAAACAUGAACCCCCUAAUAACUUUUAAAAACAGAGCUUCACGGAAAAAAGAGGACUUGAGCACAAACCAGUCUUACUGUAACUACAUGUACCGGGAGAAUGAUCUGUGUAAUAAAUUUCUAAAGUUUGUCCACAGCUUGAUAAACUUUGCUGGUGGAGGCGGGAUUUAUGACCUAUACUGCAACCCAUCAACAGAGGGGGCUGUUCUCGGAGUGGCUUCACCCAGCAAGGAGGCAGACACUGUCCAUUCUAUACACAGUCUAUGGUUAUGCACUGUUAUGCCAAUGCUGCGCACACUUCACUCCUCUGUCUUCUCAUUAUGUUUCACUUUUGCCUCCAGAAACCAGACACAUUAUCCAUGGCAGUUCAAAGUCAACUAAAGGUCUCACUUGUAUGACACUUGACCAUGCAGGGGGAUUUAAAUACCCUCUUACUCUUCAUUUACAGUCAGCUAACUCAGUGUAAUGGGCAGACUCUAAAGUCAAGGCCAAGCAAGCAACUCAGAUACUUGUUAAUUAGCCUUAAUUUGUAUUGCACUCCAGUCUGUUUUUAUUUUCUUUUAUGUCAGCCUGAAUAACUUUUACAGCCUCACCCAACCAAAUAGUGUUAUUUCUAAUCUGUCUCUGUUCUGUUCAGUAACCCUUGUUUUGUAAACUACCAUCCAUCAGAUUGUUUGUUUCUGUCUGCAUGCAUGUCGCUAAAUUAUUUUUGUUUAGAUUUACAUUGAUAACGUGCACUUUUUUGCUCAGUGAGGACAAUUUCAGACUAAUAAUGAGUCAUAGGAAAAGGUCGGGGUUAUGGAUAAUAAUUAUAAUGCAUUGCUCAGUCUCUGA